AGAAAAUGGAAAAUGCCGUCAGGACCAAGUCUGGAGGCCACAGUGGAAUAAGUCAAGAGGUCAAGUCCUCAACAGCAGUUUUUAGCGUUGGACUAGAGUCCAUCAGCGACCCAGUGCUACCAGUAACUUAAUGCCCCCGCCAAUCCCACAUGCGUUGAUCUUUGCUGGAGAUGCCCGCUGCGGCUUGCCUGUGCCAAGACUUUGCCUGCGCCGUUGACAUGUCUGGUUGGCGAGCUCGGACCGAAGCCACUUGAUUCCAUCAGCUGCAGUCUUCGUGCCCUAUCUUCCUUUACCCGCUCAUUCCUAAAUGGCUUGCCAUUCCCUAGACCGCACCCUUUGCCUUCUUCCGUUUUUUCUUGGUCUGGCAUUUUUUUAUUCGCCCCGUCUUGUCGUUUGUGCGGCUGAGAGAGGCCGGUCCGCUCCCUUGAGGACGCCAGAAGCUCCACCAUGGGUCGCACCCACACCGCGCCUGGGACGAAAGCCACCUUCGCCGCAGCGCCCAUCCACCUGGCCGGCCUGCCGCGCAGGGGCCGUCUGCUCCUGGUCCUCGCCGUCUCUGGCAUCGCCCUCUUCUUCCUACUCCCGAGCAGCGGCGGUGGCCGUCGGCUAAACGGCCCGCGCCCGCAGCAGCACGGCGCCGCCUUCGCCAAGACCGACAUCCUCCGCUACGUCGACCCCCUGAUCGGCACCGUCAACGGAGGCCAUGUCUUCCCCGGCGCGACGCUGCCGUACGGCAUGGUGAAGGCGGUGGCCGACUGCGACUCCCACGCCGAGAACGCUGCUGGCUUCGUCUCCGACUAUUCCAAAAUCGUCGGCUUCUCCCAUCUCCACGACUCGGGCACCGGUGGGAACCCGUCCCUGGGGAACUUCCCCCUGUGGGUCCAUGCGGGGUGCCCCGAGGGCGAUGCCCAAAAGUGCGCCUUCUCGUCCACCACGAGGUCGAUCCCCAGAGUCAACGGGUCCGCCAGGGCGACGCCGGGCUACUUUGCCAUCGAGCUCACCAACGGGGUCAAGGCCGAGAUGACGACCGCGGAGCGCGCCGCCCUGUACCGCUUCUCGUUCCCGGGCGCCUCCUCCCUCAGGGACAAGAAGGGCAGCCGCGUCCCGUUGGGCCCCCUGCUGCUCCUGGACCUGAGCGACCUCAGCAACAGCCGCCGGGGCGGCGACGUCAAGGUGCACGCCGACGCCGGCUCGUCGACCGCCCGCAUCACCGGCCACGGCGAGUUCGCGCCGUCCUUCGGCACGGGCAGCUACGGCGCCUUUGUCUGCGUCGACGUGCGCGGCGCCCGUGUCCGCAGGUCCGGCACCUUCAAGGGCGACCUCGACGUGAGCGACGAGGUCAAGGAGCUCAAGCCGGCGCCCCCGGGGCCGGCGGGCGCCUGGGUCCAGUUCGAGGCGCCGCCGUCCGGGCAGGCGUCCCUCAUGGCUCGUGUGGGCAUCUCGUUCAUGACGGUCGAGCAGGCCUGCGCCAACGCCGAGGCCCAGAUACCCGAUUUCGACUUUGACGGGAUCUUUGCUGCUGCCCAACAGGCUUGGCGCGAAAAGCUGGGCGUAGUCGAGAUCGAUACCCGUGGCGUGAACGAGUCUUAUGCGACCACUUUCUGGUCCGGUCUCUAUAGAUCCCUGAUAUCGCCCCAGAACUACACGGGUGAAAACCCGUUGUGGGAGUCCAAGGAGCCUUAUUUUGACUCGUUUUACUGUAUCUGGGACUCCUUCAGAGCCCAGCAUCCUCUCCUGACAAUUGUCGACCCUGUUGCGCAAGUUGAGAUGCUUCGCACUCUGAUCGACAUUUAUCGAAACUUGGGUAAGCUCCCAGAUUGCCGCAUGAGCUUCAGCAAGGGCUAUAGCCAAGGCGGGUCAAAUAGCGACAUCUUGAUCGCGGAUGCGUAUGUGAAAGGGCUGCGUGAUGGCAUCGACUGGAAAACGGCGUAUGAAGCCGUGGUUUCGGAUGCUGAAGAAGAGCCCAAGAUGUGGUCGUUCGAGGGGCGAGGAAAUCUCGAAUCAUAUCACAAACUGGGCUACAUCCCGGUGGAUGAUCAGGACAACCUCGGCUCUGGACCGACGAGCAGGGAGAUGUCUCGUCUGGUCGAGUAUGCAUAUGAUGACUUUUGCAUCUCGCUGCUUGCCAAAGGUCUUGGGCACAAGGAAGACGCAGAAAAGUACCACAAACGAAGCGGUAACUGGAAGAAUAUCUGGAGCGAACAAUCCCUUGACAUCUACAGAGAAACCCACGCGGGUGACAUCGUCUUGAGCCCAUUCAAAGGCUUUAUACAGCCACGGAAGCUUGACGGGCAGUUCGUAUAUCACAAUGUCCGACUAUGCAGCCCCAAAACCAACUUCCACGGCUGCUACUACGACACGCGAUUUGCCUCAUACGAAGGGAGCUCGUGGCUUUACAGCUUCUUCGUGCCGCAGGACAUGGCGGCGCUGGUGGAAAAGAUGGGGGGCCAGAAGACGUUCGUGGACCGUCUGAACUACUGGCACGAGGAGAUCGCCUACAUGGGCAACGAGCCGACCUUCCUCACUGCCCUGCAGUUCCACUACGCCAAGAGGCCCGACAUGAGCUCGUACUGGAUCCACCGCUACAUCCCCAGCCAGUUCAACACCAGCGUCAACGGCAUCCCGGGCAACGACGACUGCGCCAUGGGCGCCUUCAGCAGCAUGGUCAUGAUGGGCUUCUUCCCCGUGGCCGGCCAGGACGUCUACCUCGUCACGCCGCCCUUCUUUCCGGAAGUCUCCAUCCAGGCCGCCAGCCCGGCCGCGCGCGCCGCCGGCAGGCGCGCCACCAUCCGCAUCCGCAACUUCGACCCGACCUACGGCAAAAAGUACGUGCAGAGCGCGACGCUCGACGGGCAGAAAUUCACCCGCAGCUGGGUCACGCACGACUUCUUCCGCGAGGGCGGCACGCUCGAGCUCACCGUCACCGACGACCCGGCCGAGGCCACCUGGGGCGCGUCCGACCCCGACCUGCCCCCGAGCUACCCCGUCGGGGAGCGCGACGACAUUGUCGACCCGGCGGCGGCGCCGGCGCUGCCUGUGUCGGGCCGGGACGGGCCUGGUGACCCCGAUGAUCCCUAUCGGUCCAAGGCCGGGGGGAGGUUAUAGAGCAGAGCACGCUUUGCGUUAUUGACCAAUUCCACCGCGUUCUACAUUUACAUCGCCUCGUCACCAGUCGUUGAGGUUUACGUAUAUCCAAUUCUUGCAGUAGCUAUAAAGCUGAAAAGCUGCGAUCCUGCACCCCCCCAGCGUACAGGAGCUACAGUAUGAUGUCGCCCCCUAACGGUUCUACUAGCUGGCUGGGCAGGCAUCUGCCUCAGAGCAAAGACCAUUUCACAAAAAGAUUCCAC